AUGUGGACUUUUAGUAUAGGCAAUGAUCCACUGGUUAUAGUAAAUGAUGCGGAAUUGGGUAAAGAAUUGUACCGCAAAAAUGAGUUGACCGGUCGGCUGUCUAACUACUUCUUUGAAGUAGUAAACAACGAAAAGCGUACGGAUAUAGUGGGCGCCGAUUACGGCCACACGUGGGAAGCACUGAGACGUGUCGGACAUUCAGCCAUUCAAAAAUAUUCGGGAAGUGAGAAACUGGUGCUAUUGGCGAGUGAUUGUGUCGACCGUACUAUGAAAAUGGUUGUCGAGAAAGAGGGACUCAAUAAACCAUUCAAUCCAUUGCCUUAUAUUUACCAACUAUUCUUCAAUAUAUUAUCUACCAGUGCUUUCGGGAGAAGCUAUGAUAUGAAUGAUAAAGAAUACAAACAACUGAAAUAUGUUAUGAAAGAUAUGCUACGAGAAAAUGGGAUCCAAUUUAUAAUCUUACAAUUCGUGCCAAUCAUGAGAUAUGUGUUCAGAGAUGCGGCUAAUAAACAGCACAAAGUUGUCAAUGAGAUGAUAGAUAUGUUGAGCAAUAAGUUUACCAAACAUUAUGUCGAUUACGAUGAGUCCGUUUGCCGUGACUUUUGUGAUGCACUCAUAACCGCUAAGAAUGAGGCCCUCAGAGAGGGUAAAGAGUCGGCCCCUUAUCUCACCGAUGAAAACCUGACUUUAGUUGUAUUUGAUCUGUUCUUCGCGGGCACCGACACCUCGCAAAUGACUUUCCAAUGGCUCUUAUUAUUCCUCUCGUAUUACCCAUCAGUGCAGCGAAAGUUGAGACAAGAGAUUGAGACACAAAUCGGAGACCGAAUGCCAACACAUGAGGACAGGAAUCGAUGCCAUUAUGUCAUGGCUUUCAUCUCUGAGACAAUGAGACUGCGAAAU